UUCAUUCAUUUAGUUGGCCAUCGUCCAUCAGAUCGUACGAUAUGUAGACAAGAAACGAGUGAAUGUAUGCCUAGACCAUCGACAUAGACAGACAGACAGACAGACGGACAGCCUUUUGGCCUGCAUCCCCCCUCCCUCCCUCCUUGCAAGCCACCGCACACAAACCACCACCUCCUCCGACCCCCCCCACACACCCCACUACUUGAAUUUCUUCUUUUCUUUUAGCGGUUUGAGUAUCUGGAACGAGCACAUGAGUGUCUCGUCGACGCUCAUCAUCGCGCCGGCGUUGUCGAACUCGCCGCAGUAGUUGGGUGCGGAGAAGAGGGUCACCAGCUGCCGCUUAGCCGCGAACUCGUACCCAUCCUCGACCACCUGGUGCGCCCGGCACACCAGGUCCAUGUCGUGCUUUCUCAGGAAGUUCUGCACUAUGUCGGGCCCGUAGGUGUACGACACGCCCCGGUCGUUCUCCUGCCAGCCGUUGGUCUCCUUGUCGGGAUCGGCCCACACCAUGUCGCACAGCAGGCCUGCAUCGGGGACGUCUGUAGGUCGGACGAUCCGGCGGAUCUGCUCCAUGUUGUUGAGCUCGGGCGAGAGGCCGGCGUGCACGCAGAAGAUCUUCUCGUCGAUGAUGGCUGCGAAUGGCAUGCAGUUGAAGCAGUCGGUGAAGGCCUUCCACAGCUUGACGUUGUAGCGCCGCUUGCACUCGUCGUAGAACCCGUAGAUCCGGUUGAUCGACGCGAUCUCGUGGUUGCCGCGCAACAGAAAGAAAUUCUACAGACAGACACAGAGAGACACAACACAAACACCGGCAGACAGACAGUCACCCCUCUGUGUGCUGUGCCGCCACACAUCGACAUGUAUGCCCCUUCCUUCUUUUGGUGUCUGUGUGUACCUCUGGGAAUUUGAUCUUGUAUGAGAGCAGGAGGCAGAUUGUCUCGAGCGACUGUUUGCCGCGGUCGACGUAGUCCCCGAGGAAGAGGUAGUUGGCCUCCGGGGGGAAGCCCCCGUACUCGAACAGCCGCAACAGGUCAUAGUACUGACCGUGGAUGUCGCCGCAGAUCUUGAUUGGCGCCUCCAGCUCCAGCAACGCCGGCUGGGACAGAAACACCUCGCGAGCCUUCGUGAGCAACCCACGCACCUCAACCUCUGAUGCGGCAAUCAACAUGUACGCGCAAGGAGAAAGCGUCGGUCGGUCAGGCAACACCUCGCGCACAACCGUCUCUGGUGUGUGUGGGCACCUGUCAGCUGAACGGGCUUGAAGUUCCCUGGCCUCGCUCCACGCACCUCCAACUUUUCACUGAUCAACGCAGACAGAAAGGAAGAAAUUGAAACCACCAUCCAGAGGGGCCCUUUCCGUGUCAGCAUUUGGUGUGUUGCCUCACAUGACUGCGUCGACGUCCACAUCGGGGGCUGCCAUGGCGCAUACGGGGCUUCACAGCGGACCAGAUGGCGAGAACGGCGAGAGCGGAUGAGGGAGCGGUCAGAAAGCGCCGAGGCGCCUGCGGGCCAGGCGGGGGCCUCUCCGACGCAAAACACCGGGUUGCGGCCCGCCUCUCAAGCUGCUAUCGUGGGCUGCGUGCGGAAAACACACAGCGCGGGCCCCGGAAAAGUGGUCCAAAAUCUGCCACUUGUGUCCCUCAUUAUCGCCCCGGCCUCUUCUCUCCCGCCCCUCGCCCUUCUCUCCCUGUCUUCUCGUCACUCGAAUUGUAUCGUCGUCCGCUCUCUGACCGCUUCUUGCACGAUGAUGGUGACGAAGCUUCUGUCCAUGCUGGCAUUUUCGCCACACACAGUGGAGCACAGUGGAAAGACAUCCACGGAUGUCCAUCGCACGAGACAUGUGUCUGUGUGCCUUCGUGUGGUUCGUACUUGGAGACGUAUGUACGUGCAUACGGAGCAGAUGUAUUGAUUGACACGUGACCCAUCUUCC